UGCACGCGACAGCAUCUGACCGCCGUACCAGCCGCCGCAGCCGUAGCUACCACCGUCGUAGCUCGUCGCGGAUGCUCGUGUGCCUGCGAUAACGAUACCUCUUGCUUUAGCCAACGAUUCCACACCGUGAAAUCAUCAUCACGACAAACGAGAGGAGAAAGGUUCGAGUCGUGCGGUCCCUGCGAAACCUAUGACGAAACGCGUGGAACACGGAACCGCGGGAGAUACUCGUUCGAAUAUUCCGCGUUGAAAGUGAGACAGUGAUAGUUGUGACAGUUUCCGAGUCGGGAUUCGAGGGAUUUUCGGAGAGAUUUCGGCGAUCGAGUAUGCCCCGUUUACGUUCGAGAGAGUAGCACCGAGACUGUUCGCGAGUUCACCGAUGGGUGACGCUGUGUCAAUGACACGUCAGAGCGACAAUAGGGAGAUUUUUGAAUAUCCGCAGGCUGCAGGUAGCGGGCUCGUCGUCAGUGAGAAACGGGCGGACCGAUCGUUCGUGGAACGGCUGACAGUUGGUGCUGGCGGUAAUUAGAGAUAGUCGACGCGAGGUGUUUGAUCCGAUGACAGGUGAAUUGCACGGGAAACGGAGCCAGGAACUAUGCGAUAGGCAACGACGAUACGCGCUCGUCACGCUGUUCAGUAGUUUAAUAACUAUAUCCAUCGCCGAAGUGUUCGUGCAAUGAACGCGAUUGAUAGAUCCGUGUAACGUGUGACCACAGAGCCGGGACUGGAGUACGAGUCUGUGCACGUUUACCAGUGUAUGUUGUGUUUUCGCUUAGGAAUAUACUGUGAUACCGAAGGAUAAUAAACAUCCGCAAUACAUUGUUUUUGUAUUUUGGGACUAAAGACGCUCCGCCCUUGCGGCGUUGAUGACGUUUACGUCGAAUGAGUAAAGAUACAUUCUACCUUACCUACUUAGUCUCGGGGUGAUGCAAGUGUAACGCGAUACCACCAGUGACCAACAAGAUCGAUCAACGAUAAAAAAGGACGUCUAAUAGGCGCAAGGAAGGAGAAGAAUAACCAGGCUUGUCCGACAAAAGGAGCCAGCAGGUGACCACGUUGGAUCUCGCGGCGUUGGCUGCUUACGGGGGCGUUUCGGGACCCAGGGUCGCGGUGGCGGGCACCGGGGUCCUUGCGCUACCCGGCCUGAUACCCGAUAAGGGUUUAUCAUCGCCCGGAGGACAGUCGAAAACAAAGUCAGCAGGGCUGGCGGGCCUCGACAGCGAGGCGGUGCGCCGGUGGGUCGCCGAAGCCGCGCGGACCGUCCGGCAAAUUCCGCCUCCGGUUGUCGUACCAUCUAGUUCGCAACAGCAACAACAACAUCAACAUCAACACCAACAGCAGCAGCAGCAUCAAACGAUUCAACACCAACAGCAGCAGCAUCAAACGGUUCAACACCAGCAGCACAGACAUCAACAUCAUCAUUCCAGUCAUCGGCAGCGUCAGGAGCCGAGCCCGCCCUCGGUGGUCGUUUCACCUUUCGUUCUGCCAUCGUCGAUGACGCAGACCCCCAGCAUGCAUCUGCUGGAGAACAACAACUUGGUGGAGGUUGCAAUGGUUCAACAGCAGCAGCAGCAGCAGCAGCAGCAGCAGCAGCAACAGCAGCAGUCUCAGCAGCAGAUGCAGAUGCAGCAGCAGAAACAGAAACAAACCAGCCCAACGAACAACAACACCAUCGAGGCUUGGAGAUCGAUUCAAGGUGGACACCAGUGGUGGAGUCCGCCGAGUACCGUUCAUCAGGAGCAACAGCAACAGCAACAGCAGCAGAUAUCGCCACUCGGGCAGCAGGUUGGUCAACCGCAGAGUUUGGUCACUGGCACGGUAUGCGGACAAGUACAGAGACAGUCGCAAAUUCAAUCGGAGAUCGAUCAACCGUUGGACUUUUCGGUCGGUUCCCUUCAACAACAGAGGCUGCACUCUCACGUACGGACUAUACACGAGAGACUGCAGAGUAGAAUGCACGACAAUAACAACGGUACGGCCGGUAACGGGCAGAAGAUCGUCAGAGGAACCGGCAGCAGGAGAAGUUACAGUCCUAGUGAUGGUAGCAGCAGCAGCAGCGAAGAUGAGGGGGUUUCCACUGGCGGAAGUCCUUCCGGUCCCCUUCGAGGCACCGAAAACGGUGAUUUCAUUGUUUGA